GUUGCUGAGCGGGACUCUGGGAUCUUGUGGCCCAGCUUGUCUCAAGGGCUCCUUUCUCCCUGGUGCAGACACUUCCACCCCCUGCACCCCCUCCGACCUGCUCUGGCACCAAGAGGCCCACCAGCCAGGAUAGAGGACACUCUUUCCUCCUCUAGCAUUGCUCCCCGAAAGAAAGCCUCACCCAAAGGCUGUUUCUUGUAGGAAAGGAUCCCUCCCUGGUUCCCCUGGACCCCAGGCCCCUCCCUGGUUCUGGCCUCCUCCUUUCUGGACUUGGCUUCAGAUCCUGGGCUGCAAACCUGCAGGGACAGAUGGUUGCAAGUUGGAGGGCAGGUUGCACCCCAGGGAGGUCAGCCUGCCUGAAGGCAGGCCCAGAGCUUGUUCUUGGUGUGGGGUUCUCUGAUGUGGGCAGAUAAACCCAAAACUGGCCCCAGUGGGUAGAUGAGAUCUGUGAGAUUGGAACAGGUGCAGAGACCUUUUUCACAGGUCUCCUUGUCCUUCUGUCCAGCUCUCCAAUGCCCAUUCAUCCUUUAAACAGGACUUUGAUCUGCUGCAGAAUUGGAAUCAGAGCUGCAGGCCUACAAGUACCUGCCUCUCUUGGCUUGCAUGCCUCCAGUGACAGAGCACUUACCACCUUCUGCCAUAGGAAAGCUUCUUUAUGAUAAGCAGAGACAGAAGCUUCAGCUUGGCUCAGGCCUCCUAUUUCUCCCGCCAACCCUCCAUCUGUCCUGGCCGCCUGUCGUAUUGUCCUGGUAUUAAGUCAUCCAAUUCAGAACUCAUCACAUCUGGAGAGAGAAUCUCAGAAUUCCUGUGCUCACCUCAGAAGAGGAUAUACUCAGGCUGGUGUGAGUGGCAGGAGCCAUCCGUGGGCACCAUGGCGAAGAGGGAAGACAGCCCUGGCCCCGAGGUCCCACCGAUGGACAAGCAGUUCCUGGUGUGCAGCAUCUGCCUGGAUCGGUAUCGGUGCCCCAAGGUUCUGCCUUGCUUGCACACCUUCUGUGAGAGAUGCCUCCAGAACUACAUCCCCGCCCAGAGCCUGACACUGUCCUGUCCAGUGUGUCGACAGACGUCCAUCCUCCCCGAGCAGGGCGUCUCGGCACUGCAGAACAACUUCUUCAUCAGCAGCCUCAUGGAGGCGAUGCAGCAGGCGCCUGAUGGGGCUCACGACCCCGAGGACCCCCACCCCCUCAGUGCAGUGGCUGGCCGCCCCCUCUCCUGCCCCAACCAUGAAGGCAAGACGAUGGAGUUUUACUGUGAGGCCUGUGAGACAGCCAUGUGUGGCGAGUGCCGCGCAGGGGAGCACCGGGAGCACGGCACGGUGCUGCUGCGGGAUGUGGUGGAGCAGCACAAGGCGGCCCUGCAACGCCAGCUCGAGGCGGUGCGCGGCCGACUGCCACAGCUGUCAGCAGCUAUUGCCUUAGUGGGGGGCAUCAGCCAGCAGCUGCAGGAGCGCAAGGCAGAGGCCCUGGCCCAAAUCAGCGCGGCCUUCGAGGACCUGGAGCAAGCGCUGCAGCAGCGCAAGCAGGCUUUGGUCAGCGACCUAGAGGCCAUUUGUGGAGCCAAGCAGAAGGUGUUGCAGACGCAGUUAGACACCCUGCGCCAGGGUCAGGAACACAUCGGCAGCAGCUGCAGCUUCGCGGAGCAGGCACUGCGCCUUGGCUCUGCCCCCGAGGUGUUGCUCGUGCGCAAGCACAUGCGGGAGCGGCUGUCGGCGUUGGCAGCGCAGGCCUUCCCAGAGCGGCCACACGAGAAUGCGCAGCUGGAACUGGUCCUUGAGGUCGACGGGCUGCGGCGAUCUGUGCUCAAUCUGGGCGCGCUGCUCACGACGAGCGCCACGGCACACGAGACGGUGGCCACGGGCGAGGGCCUGCGCCAGGCACUGGUGGGCCAGCCCGCCUCGCUCACUGUCACUACCAAAGACAAAGAUGGGCGACUCGUGCGCACCGGCAGCGCGGAGCUGCGCGCGGAGAUCACUGCCCCAGACGGCGCGCGCCUGCCGGUGCCGGUGGUGGACCACAAGAAUGGCACGUACGAGCUGGUGUACACGGCCCGCGCGGAAGGCGAGCUGCUCCUCUCAGUGCUGCUCUACGGACAACCGGUGCGCGGCAGCCCCUUCCGAGUGCGCGCUCUGCGUCCCGGAGACCUGCCGCCUUCCCCGGAUGAUGUCAAGCGCCGAGUCAAGUCCCCCGGGGGCCCGGGCAGCCACGUGCGCCAGAAGGCCGUGCGCAGGCCCAGCUCCAUGUACAGCACAGGCGGCAAGAGGAAGGACAACCCCAUUGAGGACGAGCUCGUGUUCCGUGUUGGCAGUCGUGGAAGGGAGAAGGGCGAAUUCACCAAUUUACAGGGUGUGUCGGCAGCUAGCAGCGGCCGCAUAGUGGUAGCCGACAGCAACAACCAAUGCAUCCAGGUUUUCUCCAAUGAAGGCCAGUUCAAAUUCCGCUUUGGGGUCCGAGGGCGCUCACCGGGGCAGCUGCAGCGCCCCACUGGUGUAGCAGUGGACACAAAUGGAGACAUUAUUGUGGCCGACUAUGACAAUCGUUGGGUCAGCAUCUUCUCCCCGGAGGGCAAGUUCAAGACCAAGAUUGGAGCUGGCCGCCUCAUGGGCCCCAAGGGAGUGGCCGUAGACCGGAAUGGACACAUCAUUGUGGUCGACAACAAGUCUUGCUGUGUCUUCACCUUCCAGCCCAAUGGCAAACUCGUUGGCCGUUUUGGGGGCCGUGGGGCCACUGACCGCCAUUUUGCAGGGCCCCAUUUUGUGGCUGUGAACAACAAGAAUGAGAUUGUGGUGACGGAUUUCCAUAACCAUUCAGUGAAGGUGUACAGUGCCGACGGGGAGUUCCUCUUCAAGUUCGGCUCUCACGGCGAGGGCAACGGGCAGUUCAACGCCCCCACCGGGGUAGCUGUGGACUCCAACGGGAACAUCAUUGUAGCUGACUGGGGCAACAGCCGCAUCCAGGUAUUUGACAGCUCUGGCUCCUUCCUGUCCUACAUCAACACGUCUGCAGAGCCACUAUAUGGCCCCCAGGGCCUGGCACUGACCUCGGAUGGCCACGUGGUGGUGGCCGAUGCUGGAAACCACUGCUUUAAGGCCUAUCGCUACCUCCAGUAGCUGCACAGGGGCCCUGCCCAGCUCACGGAGGGAUGGACACAGGGGUGAUUGGACAAGAGGGUCUGGCCGGGAGGUGGGCCAGACCUGGCAGCACUGAAUGUGGGCAGUGGGCAUGGGUGUGCCCGCUGCCCUCCCUCUCCCCGUCUCCCAACCCCCACGGUUGCACUUUAUUUAUUCGGUUCUUGCUUUGGUGACUGGGUGGGCCUGGACUGUGGUCCCAAGGAUGUGUGCAGAGCUUCACCCUACCCCACCCCCACAACCUCCCCUGUCUCCUCAGUCUGCUCCCCACCCCCCAGCCUGGGGCCACAACAGCCUCUUACUCCAGGACAGAAGUCCCUCUGGUUGUCUCCCUACACCCCAUACACACUGACAGAGACAGCAAUACCCCAUCCCCCCAUAUUAAAUAAAUGUGUUCGCCAAGA